GCGCAACAAGCGGCAGCGGGCGCCGGUCUCGGCUCUCUCGUGAGCUCUUCGCGGCUCGGGACGGCAAAAACCCAUGUCGACUAAAUUUAUCCGUUCAUUUGUGAAAACCAGCUGGAGAAGUUACCGGCAGCGGGACUUUUUGUAAGGCGAGGUGUCCUGGUGAAGUCUCAUCAGCAAGCGGGACGGGCUUGAGCGCUCCGUGUCUAUUUAGGGGGGUGUGACAGCACUCUCCGUACAGCUGUGCCGGCCGGCCGGCCGGGCUUGUUUUUCUGAACAGGUUGUUUUUAGUGAGCUGUGGGACGGAACCGGGUCAUGGUCCUGUUCUGACACUGGAUUUACCGGCCGGAACCAACUGCUUGAAUUUGAUUUGAAUGAACUGCGAACCUCAGGCUCGGCUCAAUUUCAGAUUCAAUCAAAUAUGGAAACUUUAAAAGACAAUGAUUCUUCCUGCAGUGCGUGUGGAUGACAUGAAUGACAAACAGGACAGGCCUUAUGUGUGCGGCGCCCCCGGCUGCUCUCAGCGCUUCCAGCUAGAGGAGCACCUGUUCAUUCACAGACACAAGCAUGAGAUGACCCUGAAGUUCCCCCCAAUAAAGACGGACAUAAGUUUUUCAGACCAGACUCCGACCCCAACGCGAUUUCUGCAGAACUGUGAAGAGGUUGGUCUGUUCAAGGAGAUCGAGGAGGAGUUUCUCCAAGCCCAGGAAGAGGAGAAUAACAAACAGACACUGUCUCAUAAUGGGCCGUCUUGUAUGAAUCAGCAACAUCUAAAGCCCCAGCUUCAGCUUCAGCACCCUCCCCAACCGCCGCUCAAUCAUCCCCAGGGCCAUGGCCCAAUGAUGGCACCCAGCUGCAGCCUGGCUGCCCAGCAAGCACUGUCCUGCUCCUCUGGCGCCUCUCAAUCUGGAUCAGUGAUCACCCAGGCUCCCUCCACCUUAACACAUUCAGGGCCGACUCCUGGGGCGCUGUCCUGCCUCCUUCAAAUGCGGAACAGACACAGGCAACCUCUGCCAGCCUCAUUACCUGGCACCCUGCCAGACCCCGCCAUGCAAGGGGCAUCUGCUCAGCACAUGACUAUAGAAAAACAGAUGUCUUGUGCAAUGGGCAUGCCAGCUCCUGUUCAAAACCCCUCCUGUUGUUCUCCUCAGAGACCCAAACAGACGAUGGGGCAUCAUUACUCUCAUCAACACCCAGGAAUGCUCGCCAUCAACAAUCCUGUGACAUCCAUGGGUCACAUGAUGGAGAUGAUGUCACAGCGCCACCACGCCCCUCCACUACAGCAACACCACCAUCCUCAUCAUCCCCACCUCCCUCAUCACCAUCAUCAUCACCAACCCAAUCAACCGCCACAGCUUGCAGCUCCGCCUCACACCUACCAGCAGCGAUGCCAUGCUCCACCUCCACAACACCUACGAAGCACUCAGAGCCUCCAACUUCACCAGUCAGGGAACGCAACACACUCUCAUUCUCACCAAUCACCGCCAUCACGCCUGCACCAGAACUCCCCACCUGCACCCGCACUAUCUGCCCCACCACAGUUAUCACCAGUUGCACAACAGAUGCAACCAUCCCACUCUCAGCACGCAGCACAGGCAAGCUGUAGCGGCAGCAGCAGCGGGGGCAGCGGUGGUGGGGGAGGAGGAGCAGGAGGAGGCAGCAGCCGUCGAAGAAGAUCGGCUGAGCAGGACCCCGAUGAGCGCAGGCAAAAGUUCCUGGAGCGCAAUCGGGCUGCAGCAACCCGCUGCCGACAAAAGAGGAAACUGUGGGUGUCGUCACUGGAGAAGAAGGCAGAAGAGCUUACGCACACAAACCUACAGCUGCAGAACGAGGUGACAUCACUGAGGUCAGAGGUUGGCCAGUUGAAGCAGAUCCUGCUCACCCACAAGGAUUGUCCCGUCACUGCUCGACAGAGGGAGGCACAGGGGUACCCCACUGCAGGGGUGAAUCCAGAAGGGAGUCCCACCCCUGCAGACCCUGAGACUCAGCCACACGCCAUCCAGCACAACAGCGUUUCCACCUCCUCGACAGCCGGAUCCGACAUCGGGCACGGCCCCCUCUCUGGACUCUAACCACCGCUACAGAUAAUAGCGCUGAACUCGACGAGUGGAUUCAUAAAUCCAUACGGACUCAAAGCUGUUUUACCGGCAUCAUCAGCAGCCCUUUUUUUAAUAUCAGGUGCUAAAACAAGCCUUGUUUGCAAAACUCUGAUGUCAACUUUGACUCUUGUGUUGAUGAGGAAAACAUCUGGGGCUGUUUACAUGAAUCCAACCUGCACUUCUAACUCACAGGUGAUCCAAACACAGACAAGCAUGUUUUGCACUAACUUUAAUAAAACAACUCCUAAGCGGUACGGUGGCGGCAAAACUAUUCAUAUGUUUAUGUACACAGGUUGGAGAACGAAAAUGUUUUACUAAAAAUAAAUUAAGGCUACUCCUCUUUACUCUGACACUGCUAUAUAAAGUAGUGUCGGAGACUCUAAAUAGAGUCUACUCGGGCCCAGUUUAAUCUAAAAAAAUGAUGGGACUUUUUGUAAAGGUACAUCCCCUCCAAACAGACCAUUUCCAAAAACAUGGUGGUAGCAGCAUCAUCCCGUGGCGAUGUUUUUCUUCAGCAGGAAAAAGAAAACUGGACAGAGUUGAUGGAAAUGUGAAGGGAGCUAAACAAACCAACUCUGAAGGAAAACCUGCUUGAGACUUACCCCAUGAGACUUAAAGCCAGAACUGCAGAAAUAGGACAGCUAAAUGCAAUCUCUCCCCUACCUCUGUACAUUUCUACACAGCUUUGUGUGGUUCUAACUCAUAAAAUGCAAUGAAAGUGUACUGAAAUGUGAAAAUUUCAAGGAGUAUGAGUACAUCUGCAAGGCCCUGUAUAUUUUUAUAUGUAACUAACUUUGCAGCUGCUGGUUGCACACCUUAUGCCUUUUGUUUUGAAGCAAAAAAAAAAAAAUCAUUUCAAUGAAUAAUACAACUGUAGUUGUUUAUUAAUAAGUAAACCACUUCUUUACAAAAUGUUAUUUUAAACAUUGCAAAUGUGUUCUUGUAAAUAAAGUCAAUCAAACCAGAAA